AUGGUUGCUAGGCAACUCUGUCUAGAAAAUUUCCUAUGGAAAUUUAAAAGAAAUCAAUACAGGAACAUUAAUACAGGAAAUUUCUUAAAUAAUGAAGAAAUAGAAGAAGUCUCAGAAUUUGUCUAUCUAGGAAGCAAGAUCACCACAGAUGGGAACUCAGAGGUAGAUGUACUAGCUCGAAUUUCAAAAGCCACAGGAGCGUAUGUUGCACUAAGAAACAUCUGGAGGUCAGCAAAGAUCAGCACAAACACCAAAAUAAGGAUCUUCAAGAGCAACGUGCUUGGGGUCCUCCUAUAUGGUGCUGAAGCAUGGAAAGUUACUAAAACCAUCUCAAACAAGCUAGAUACCUUCCAGACACGCUGCCUUCGCAGAAUACUGCGCAUCUUCUGGCCAAAUACCAUCUCAAAUGAGGAGCUGUACAAAAAGACCAACACCACCCCUCUAUCUCAAGUUAUAAAGAGAAGAAAAUGGCUGUGGAUAGGGCAUGUAUGUAGAAUGCACCCAACUUCCACCCCAAGGGUUGCUUUGAAAUGGACACCACCUGGCAAGAGAAAGAGAGGAAGACCAAAAGAAACAUGGAGAAGAUCUGUAGAGAAAGAGAUGGGAAAGAACCGCUGGACAUGGGGACAGAUACAGAAAUGGACACAGGACAGGCCAGCAUGGAAGUCUCUGGUGACGGCCUUAUGUGCUAUCCAGCACGAAGAGGAUUAA